UGGUGGGACGCGCGAGGGUGUAGUUAAGAACAACAGAAUCCUAUUGCCUAUUGGCCCUGGUGAAGUGUCUGCGGCCCACGUGGCACUUGGCAGCUUCAUAGUGCCAGUGCCAGUGCCAGAGAGAGAAAGAGAAAGCUAAGACUAAUAAGAGGGUUGUGUGCGUUAUGUAAGGGAGGGCUCAUUGUCCAAUCCCAGUCAACACAUCACUCUCUUAUCCCUUCUCUCUCAAUCAAUGCACCGGGCCUUCGGUCCCACCACAACUCCCUCAAAGUCUUACUUACCCCCUCUGAGCCCACUUCUCCCUUCACCACCUGCCUCACCCUCCUUUCCAUCCUAUCAUGUUCUCACUUAACCACCUGUCCCCGAUCCUACCCUAAAUCGAUCACGGCAACUUCUGACAACACACAAGUUCCAUACACUGGUUGGCUACGAUAUCCCACCCUCUUUCGCUUCCAAAUAUCCCCUAGCAAACGUCAGAAGAUUUUAGUCUUCUGCGUUCCCUGGGCUCUCUCUAAACCAUAAGCGCCCUCGUCUUCGAGCACGCUGUAAAGUUUUCAUUAUUUUUGAAGUUCAGAAAAAUGGAGAAUUACUCUUAUAACUCAUAUCCGGACUCCGGCGACUCUUCGCCACGAUCCCGAGAAAUCGACUUUGAAAACCCGCCACCAUGGGAGGACCAACAGCAACAUGCACAAAAUUACAAGGCCAAGUUCAUGUGCAGCUAUGGCGGCAAGAUCCACCCUCGCCCUCACGACAACCAGCUAGCGUACAUCGGCGGAGAGACCAAGAUCCUAGCCGUUGAACGCAACAUCAAAUUGUCCUCCAUGAUCUCCAAGCUCUCCGCUAUCUGCGGCGGCGGCGACGCUGACGUUUCCUUCAAGUACCAGCUCCCCGGCGAAGACCUCGACGCCCUGAUUUCCGUCACUAACGAUGAUGAUCUCGAGCACAUGAUGCACGAGUACGAUCGCCUUUAUCGAGCCUCGGCUAAGCCAGCGAGGAUGCGGCUGUUCAUAUUUACGGCGAUUGGCUCCGCGAAUUUCGGGUGCGAAGGGGCGAAAUCGGAACGGGACCGUUUCCUUGCAGGCACUAGUGAUUUUUGCAAGGAAAUGGCUUGUUUCUAUGGAACUAGGAAUAUAUAG